AUGACAAAUGAAUGGAGGAUUAUUCCAGCUGUCAGUGGAGAUUACAGCUGCAGAGCUGACACAGAUGAUAAUAAAACAGAAUGGAGUGAAGCCCUCAGACUGACAGUGUCAACAGAUAAACCCAAAGCCACACUGACAGCCGACCCAACAAUCAUACCAGCAGGGGGCAGCAUAACACUGACCUGCUCUGUGGACGGAUCUGAUGACUGGAAGUUUGAUUGGUUCAGAGAUGAUGAACCAGUUCAGCUCAGUGGAACCAAUGAACAACAAAGUGACGUCAGUGUCUCAGAGGGAGUGUCUGCGCCGACUGUGAAGCAGCAUCCCAGCUGGCCUGUCGUAUUCAGAGGAGAGACGGUCACUCUGAGAUGUGAGAUGGAGGACGAUGAAGGAACUCAGUGGACGUAUGAAUGGAAUCCAGCCAAUAGAAACUCUCCAACAUCCAAUGAAUACAGGAUCAACAGCGUCUCUGAGUCUGACACAGAUAAACCCAGAGCCACACUGACAGCACACAGAACAAUCAUACCAGCAGGGGGCAGCAUAACACUGACCUGUUCUGUGGACGAAUCUGAUGACUGGAAGUUUGAUUGGUUCAGAAAUGAUCGACAAUAUUUUGCAACCCGGUUCAGAGGAAACAAAGAUCCAUUCAGAGUUAUCUCUGUCUCAGAGGGAGGUCUCUACCGCUGCAGAGGAGGUAGAGGAAAUCCAGUUUUUCAUACAGAAACAAGCAACAUUCAGAAAAUUGUGUCUGCGCCGACUGUGAAGCAGCAUCCCAGCUGGCCUGUCGUAUUCACAGGAGAGACGGUCACUCUGAGAUGUGAGAUGGAGGACGAUGAAGGAACUCAGUGGACGUAUGAAUGGAGUCCAGACAAUAGAAACUCUCCAACAUCCAAUGAAUACAGGAUCAACAGCGUCUCUGAGUCUGACACAUAUAAACCCAGAGCCACACUGACAGCAGACCCAACAACCAUACCAGCAGGGGGCAGCACAACACUGACCUGCUCUGUGGCUGGAUCUACUGGCUGGAAGUUUGAUUGGUUCAGAGAUGAAGAACCAGUUCAGCUCAGAGGAACCAAUGAACAACAAAGUGACGUCAGUGUCUCAGAGGGAGGUGUCUACAGCUGCAGAGGAGGAAGAGGAAAUCCAGUUUAUCAAACGGAAGAAAGCAAAAAAGUCUCUGUUCUAAAAACCGUUUUCAAGCCGACUGUGAUCCUUCAACCCAGUGGGUCUGUUGUAUAUAGAGGAGAGAAAGUCACUCUGAGAUGUGAGAUCAAGGAAGGAGGAAGAACUCAGUGGACAUAUGAAUGGAGAACAAACAAUAGAAACAUUCAAAUAAGAUCCAGUGAAUACAGCAUCAAUAAAGUCUCUGAAUAUCACAGUGGAGUUUACAGCUGUAUGGCUACAGGAGAUCAUCAACAAACAGAAUGGAGCGAUGGCGUCACACUGACAGUGAAACCAAAUCAUCCCAAAGCUUCACUAACAGCAAGUAAUAACAUCAUACCAGCAGGGGGCAGUGUAACACUGACCUGCCUUAUUGACAUUGGAGUUGGCUGGAAGUUUGACUGGUUCAAACUGGAGUCAGAUUCUUCUGCAGCUCAGUCCAUCAGAACCAGUGAAUCAGACGGAGUCCUCGUCAUCUCAGAGGGAGGAGAGUACGGCUGCAGAGGAGGAAGAGGAGAUCCAGUUUUCUACACUGAAACCAGCGGAAAGGUCACUAUUGAGAAAAGAGUUCCCAUCACACCAACUGUGAUCCAACAACCCAACUGGUCUCAGAUCUACAGAGGAGAGGAAAUCACUGAGAUGAUUACAACCAAUAGAAACUCUCCAACAUCCAGCAAAUCCAUGAUCACUGCUGAUAGCAGUGGAGAUUAUAAAUGUAGAGGAAGAAGAGACGGUUUCACCAUAACAAAGUGGGGAGUCAUCACAUUAACAGUGUCCUCUCCCAAACCUCAGCCUGUCCUCUCUGUGUCUCCAUCAUGGCCGAAUCCUGGAGCCUCAGUGACUCUGAGCUGUGAGGGUUUGGAGCUUCAAUCAGCAGGAUGGAGGUUCUUCUGGUAUAAAGUUGUUCCAAUCCCAAUCAGCACUUCCUACAGCAUUGAGCUGCUGCCUAACACCAUCAAUAGGACUGAGCAGAACUCCUUCAUCAUUAAUGGACCGACUCAAACAGCAGGAUAUCAGUGCAGAGCAGGAAGAGGAGAACCAAAGUUUUACACUAAUUACAGUGAAGUAAAGUUUAUCUGGUCUGCAGACUCUCAUCCAGCAGCUUUUCUCUCAGUGAGUCCUGACAGAGUUCAACAUUUCAUUGAUCAGUCUGUCACACUGAACUGCAGUGGGAACAACACCAAGUGGAGAGUGAAGAGGUUUACAGAAUCAACCAGUCCAUCAUAUGUUCAGUGCUUCCACUGGGGGAUGAUGUCUGGAUCCUCAUGUACCAUUAAGAGACUGGAGGAUCACAGUGGAGUUUACUGGUGUGAGUCUGGAUCAGGAGAAUUCAGCAAUGCAGUCAACAUCACUGUACAUGAUGAUGGUGUUAUCCUGGUGAGCCCUGUUCAUCCUGUGACUGAGGGAGAUCCCGUGACUCUGAGCUGCAGAAAUGAAACACAAUUUCUCUCCAAUGUGUUUUACUAUCAUAAUGAUAAACUCAUCAAUAAUGACAGCAGAGAGGAGCUGAAGAUCUCUGCAGUGUCAAAGUCAGAUGAAGGUUUCUACAAAUGUCAACAUUCAGGAAAAAAGUCACUAAACAGCUGGAUGUCUAUUAGAGGAACUGUGUCCAGUCCUGUUCCCUCCUCGUCUCCUUUACUGCUGAUCAUUGGACCCAUUAGUGGAAUCAUUCUGAUUAUUUUCCUGCUCUUAUUGUGGCGCUACAAGCAGCACAAAGAUUUAUGCUCUUUCAGAUCAGAAAAAAACAGUCAGAGGUCGACCAUCAAUCAAGGAGCGGAGAAUGAGUUCAGUGUCAGUAGCUCUGCUACUCCAGCUGAACCCAGUGAAGUAACGUACACCGCCAUUAAGUUCAAAAAGCUCCGAAAAAAGAGAAAACCCCGUAAACCUGAGGAGCCCGUUAUUUACGCAGAAGUGAACACAAGUGCUGCAGGUAAAGUCAGUCGGACUUUAUAUCAAAAUGUGUCUUCGUGUCAAUACCCUGCAGAACUCGCUCCAACGUACGCUGAAAUCAAUAAGAACAGAGCCAAGCGAAACAGGAGAGAAAAACCUGCAGCAACAGAUGAAUCAGUUUAUUCUGAAAUCAAAUCAGGGGCAACUCUGGAAGACAAAAGAUGGGAACAAUUGGCUGAAGUUAAUGGAUGAAAAAAUAAAUGAUGUUUCUCCUUAGAUUGAGCAUUAAAAAAGCUAAGCUUUCUUUAUUUUAUUUCAUUUUGUA